GUUAGCCGAGGGGGGAGCUGUCGUGUGUUUACCAGGGGGAAGAUCAGGCAGGAAAGACGAGUGGGGGAGCGAGCGAGCGAGAGAGAAAAACUUUUCAGUUUUAAAGAGCUGGAGGAAGCGUGCGCUGGAGCGGCGACCAUGCAGGAGGAGUCUGGGGAACUCGAGUGCAGUGAGAGGAACGGUGUGCUGGUCUGGUCCUGUCCGCUGUGUCAGCAAGGACAGACGGACAGAGACGCGCUCGCUCUGCACCUGACCCGCGGACACAGCGUGCUGCCCGCCUGCCUGGACAGACUGCUGGAGACCGCUGUUCCAGUUGACUGUACCGGUGAAGACAAAGCGGAAAAUGACAUCGAUGCCCCCAGUCCACAGCAGAAGCAUUUGGAGAUAUCAAAGACUCCAUCUGAUCCUUCAGAAGCUGAUAUGAAUACCGAAGGUCCUAGCCAGGCUGCUGCAUUGGAGCCCGAUGAGUCCUGGGUCAAACCUGCUUCCUGCCAUGAAAAAGAGGUUGAAGGAGAAGAAUCAGGAGACCCGGAAGAGACUGAGGGCAGCUUGGAGCCCAACCUAGAAAGAACGGAACUUUCCGGUUCGAAGGAAUCUGAAAAUGGAUCCUCCAAUGUUGCUGCUGAUAAAGAUGGAUCCGAUGCUAAAAGUAGUGCAACGGUUUCUGGCGACCCGUCGCUCGAAAGGUUUCUUGACCCCAACUGUCCCUUCAAGUGUCACACGUGUUUGGAGUCAUUUACUUCCAAAAGUGCACUGAGUCUCCAUUACUGUUCACCCAACCACCUGCAGCGGAUUAGAACGGUUUGGGAGAAACAAGGUGGAGGAAAUAACUCCAUCCAACCAAAUGCUAUUCGCCCCUUUAGAUCCAGCAAGCCCUACCAGUGCGCUGUGUGUCGCGUUUCUUACAAUCAUGCCAUUACCCUGGAGAGCCACUUAAAAUCGGUGCUGCACCAGACUCGUAGCCGAAAUUCUGCGCUUUAUCAGAAUCGUACCCGGAAGUGUUCCAGCGGUGCACCAGGGAAUUCUGGGAGUAAAGGUGCCGGGAAUGGUGUAACGGCGACAAGCUCAGCUGUAAGUUCUGGAGGUGACACUACCCCGACUACCAGUGCCUCCACAGGAAAUUGCAGUAACGCAGCGAGCCUGGCAGCCAUGAUGACCAAAGAAGAAGAGCAAAUGAAAGCCCACCCAGUCCUCUCUCUGCUGUCCUCUCCCGUGGCCUCCGCUCAGGCCGUCUCUGCGUUCCUUACUCUCCUCACGUCCAGUUCUCCCUCCCUGUCUCCUUCUCUCCUGCCCUCUUUGUACACCGUGAAUGCUGGCGCCGCCCCAGGCACGCCCGCCCCUCAGCUGAUACCCCAGCAGCAGCUCAUGCCCCUCAUGCCCCUCUUCCUGAACGGGCUCCAAGCUCCGAGUCCGAAUGCCGAACCCGGCAAUCCUAUCCUCACCCAGCCCGUCUCGGUUUUGGGUCUCAACGCUGCGCAGCAGGCUCUCUUGGCCCAAAGGCUCGGUUGCUUGCAGAGCCUGGGAUUGGCAGUUGGAAGCCCCGCGGCCGUGCAGGCCUCUGCAGAGGAACAGGAGACCAGGGAUGCUGGAGAAGAAGACGAGAUGGUGGAGGAGCCGCACAGCCCCCUACAGGCUGGAAAGACCGAAGAGGAAGAGGAUAGAUGUGGAAAGGGGAGCAUGUCUGAGGAAUUUGAGCACAGAGAGCAGGCGGGAUCAAAUACGAGUGUCGACGAAGAGGCAGAGGGAAAGACGGUUUCUGAAGAGCUUUGUGGAGAAACCAUUCAGCCGAAUCUGAACUCCCCAAUUGCUUCAAAUAAAGUCCCCGAUGACAGCCCUUCACCAGGCAACGUGUCCCUGCCCAGUAAUACCAGCCUUAGCCCCAUCCACCUGAACCUUACCCUGAGCCCUGAUACCACGCCACAAAAGUCCCACACUGAUACUAGCCAAAGCCCGAGUUCCAACCCCAGCCCGAACCACAGUUCCCGACACUCCCCGAGCAGUGCCGGCGCGGAGCAUAAACCUAAUUUCACGAGACCCGGCCGCCUCAACACGAUCCCCGCGCUGAAUCUUCAGGCCACCGCGUGCAGCAAUGCCAACGCGAAGCCUCCCAACCCCAAACCCAAACCCAAGCCCGGACCUCCAGCAAUGUCUGAGUUCCAACACCAGGUGUUGUGGGCUUUCCUAGAGUCCCGCAGUGAGGCGGACGCGGCCAGCCCGCCCCAGGAGGACUGCGAAGCCCUGAGCCUGGAGGUGGGCCUGGAGGUGGAGGAGGUCCGCAGGUGGUUUUCGGAUGCGUGGGAGGCUCGGGAGAGGGGGAAACUAGGAACUGAGCACGCCGGCUGCAAGGCGUCACGAAAAAACCCGGAUGCGGAGGAUUCUGAAAGGGCUACGGAUGAAGAACCGGAGGAAGGGGACGGUGUCCUUACCAUUGUUGAGUCUGAGGGUGGUGAUAGUCCAGCCAGACACAGCGGUGCCAUGGAUUUGUCCAGCAGUCGUGGGAGGGGGAAAGAGCAGGAGAGCGAGGAUCGUGGCGGCGACUCGGACAAGGAGGAAUUCUAUACGUCUGUCAUCGUGACGGACGAGGAAAGCCGGGACAGCUCGGCGAGGGAAGAGCCUGUCAGCCCAAUGAGGGUAGACCGACGGGAACCGCCGGCUCACAAGAAGGAUAACUGCGGGGGCAAAGUUCUCCGCUCCUCUACGGUGUUCCUUUCGGAUGCAGAAGACGACGAGGAUGACGAGGAAGGAGGGACCCAGAGAAUGAAGCGAAAAAAGAAGAUGGAGAUGGAAAACGAGGAGGCCGAUAUCAAAAGGAGAAGACAGGACCCCGACGUAGAUUUGGAGCUGGAGGCUCAGGCGGACCCUCCUGCUCCUCUUUCCAUUUCUGUAGAGCAGCAAGGUCUUCCCAGGAUUAGUGGUAGUAACAUUCUACACUCUCUUCCCCUCUCCCUCUCUCUCGGUCCCUUCGCCACGCAGUUCAUCAGCCCUUACGUUCUCCAACUUCCUGCUUCGGCAGUGGGGUUGGGGAUAAAUGCUCUGGAAGAAAAUCGCGGAAAGGUCCCUUCUUUCACUAACCCCCCUGCAAUCACCCGUUACUCUGGUCCCUUUUCCGAUCCCCUCAAUGCUCCUCCUCCUGCCUCCCACACACCACCUUCUCGGUUCCUACCCAAUGGUGGAGAAUACGAGUCAGCGCUGGAUCUCAGCAUUGGCAAAAACCACAGCGCUACGACAUCAUCAUCCACUUCCGCUUCUAUAAAGGAGGCCAUUGCUCAGCGAGAUCGUCUGCUGGAUGGCCUCGGAUUCAAACCAACCGCUGUGGGUGUACCUGGUGCAGGCGGUCUCAUUGUGGUCCGUGUCAAGCCAGAACAUGCCCUGGCCAUCCCAUCGUCCACCAACAGCAGCACAGUAAACGUCAGCAGCAAUCCCAAGACUAAUACUUUCUUUGUGAGAAAAGCUGAGCAAAUAAGCAAAACUUUGACGGAUCGAGCAAGAAUCAGAGACCAGGAAAGAGAAAGGGAGAGGGAGAAGGACAACAAAAGUCCCAAGCCACAGCCAUUCAAGGACAUGAGGCGUUCUCGAACCAUCAUUCAUACAGAGCAACUGGAUGUGCUAUAUGGCUGCUACUUCAAGGACCCAAACCCAGGCAAACAUGAAUUUGAGCAGAUAGCGGAUUGGGUCCAUCUCCCCAAGAAGGUAGUUCAGAUCUGGUUUCAGAACAUGAGGGCCCGGGAACGUAAGGGGGAGGUACGUUUCAUAAGCGACGGCACUUUGGCAGCAGUGGGGAAGCCGCUCAUUAAGUUCACCUGGCCUCUGACGUCGCCCAUCUUUUCCAGCCGCCCCAAAUCGAGCCCCAGCGGCGGCGGUGGGGUCACAAAGCUUUCCACUGCGAGCAGUCCGACUCUCGUUCAUCCAAAGACGAGGCCAGAGAUGGAGCAACUGAAAGAGAAGGACAAAGCGGCCCCUUUUGUGCCCAAGCCCAAACUGGAGACGCAGACCCCAACGACUGUAAAGGUAAAAUUACUCCCCAAAGUAAAGGCUGCAACUGCUGCUGUCCCUGAAGGGGUCUUGGAGACCCAGCCUCCCCUGCCUUACUCGUCCCUGAAAUGCAAAAGAGAAAAAGAGGAGCAAAAGCGGCAAGAUGAAGAGGAAGUCACGGAUGAGGAAGAGGAAGAGCACGUGAUGGACAAAAUCGGGCCGGGAGCCACCAACCGCAUGACCCCGAAACAGUCCGCCUCCACCAGCAAGCCUAAUGCCUCGGGCUCCCAGAAACACAACGGACUCAACUACUGGUCCCCGAAAGGACCGUUCAAGAUCAACACUCUGACAAGAGAACAGCUGGGCCUCUCGGCCGCCCGCACCCCGGUGGUGUCGGCACCCGCACCCGUGCCCGCGCCCGUGCCCGCGCCCGUGCCGGCUGCCGGCGCCUCCGCUCCCCGUCCCAUCGCCGUCAAACCCAGCCAGGCGGACGGCGGCUUCGUGCACCACACCACGCCCCGGCGGCCGCGGACCCACCUCAGCUCCCUGCAGCUGUCCAUCCUGCAGUCGUGCUACGAGACCUGCGCCCACCCGAACGCGCUGGAGUGCGAGACGCUGGGGACCGAGCUGGGCCUGCCGCUGAAGGUGGUGCAGAUCUGGUUCCAGAACACACGCGCCAAAGAAAAGCGCUGGAGGCUGCAGCAGGAGAAGCAGUUUCCCGGUGCUACGGAUUCCAAGAAGGUAGAGUUCCGCGCGGGCAGCUACCUUCAGUACAGUGCACUCCGAGCCAACCGUCCCAUCUUACCAAAACCGGUUCACCUGACGGAGGUGGAUCCCACCACGCCCCCCGUCCCGGGCCAGCCGGCGGGGAACGAGACCCUCCGAGGCAGGUGCGAGGUGUGCGGAGUCGCCUUUGAGUCCCGGUCGGCGGGCAGAGCCCACGUUUUCUCCCCCCGCCACCUGGCCACGCUGAGGGCCACUAACUUUGGCCAGCCGCCCUCACUCGUCACCGGCGGCUCAGCCGCUGGUUCCGGUUCCGGGUCCGGUUCCGGUUCUGGUGCGGCUCCACUGUCUCCAUCCUCUUCCCUGCCUAUCAGCACCAGCUAAGGGAAAGAUCGGGAAUCGACGGUACGGACUGUGAGCCUGCGGGGCUCUUCGCUUUUAAUGGACGCAGACAUUUCGGGGUCCUGGUCUUUAAACAAACUUAUUUUUUGUUUUUGCUUGGUCCCCAGGCAGGCAUCCGCUAAACAUUAUUUACCACACUCUUCGUACCAAACGGAGCCAUUUUGGAUACACACUGAUUUCUUCUUGCCGGUUCACUAACGGUGAGAACGAUGACUGCUUUUUUGCUUUUUGCUCUAGCUCUGAAGAGAUCCUCUUCUGUCACCAUCCUUCUGACUCCAAUGUAAGAUCCCUUUUUACACCUGUUUUAUGUAACGAUCCUCUAAGUACUUUACUAAUAAACAUUGCUGGACAAGAAUGUCCUGUCCCAAAGCGUCCCCUCACCCUACUGUCACUGCUCUUUAAACCAGAAAAGGAGUCUUCUUGCUAUGGGAUUCCUGGCCCUCCACCUUUGGCAAAAUCCUGACGAUAUGAUUUUGGACCCAAUACUGUCACAUUGUUAUAACAAGUUACUGCAGCUGUAAUGCGUUAUGGCUCUAACAAACCUGUAGAACUGAAUACCACUACUGUUGGUUCUACUGGAUCGGAGCAAUCAUGGUUUCUGAUCCAUGUCCUGACAGAAGUAGACAGGCUACUGUACUCCUAGCUGAAUUGUAUCUACAGGGUUUAUGGUGUGGUCUGCAUUCAGUUGUGUUUUGAAGGGCCUGUUUUUGCACUUAAUUUGCUCACACAAGAUUGGUGCUGGGGUUUAGGCUACACUGAACACGGACACCCUUACACCCAUUCUGACUGAUUAGGCACUGCAACAACUCUUAGCACUGCACAAUAAGGUAGAGGUGAAUUGUCUGAAUGGGCUCUGGAAUAAUAGUCAUACAACUCUGGAGCUGCCACGUCUAGAAUUGGGCCUUUUACCAAAAGGGUAAACCCCACUCUUGUACACACUCCUUUUGUUCAAAAGACAAUCUCUGAGAGAGAGGGAGAGAGAGAGAGGGGGAGGGGAGAAUGAAAGAAAGGUGUGAGCGUAGAAGGUGGUGUCAGGUUCUAAUUACACAGCCCUUUGAUCCGUUUUCGGUUUUACAAAACAAGCUGUGGCCAUUGUACGCAAAAUGCAGGUCUACAGUGAUGCCGGCUGUAGUUUUCGUGCAGGACAAAUUAAAUGUAGUUUAUGUAUUUGUUAUCUUGAACAAAUAAAAUGUCAUCUUGACAGUUUUUUUUUUUUUUCUCUGCAAUUUGUUUACAAAGGCAUACAUUGCACAUGGUAAAACCUGGACCAAAAGGCUGUGGAAUAAGAGUUUUUUUUUUUUCAGUCCUGACAUUAAGUUUUAAUGAGUAUUUUAACAAAAGAAAAUUCAGGAUACAAAUUUUUUGAGUCCCGAGAUGAGAUUUAAAAAUGUAUUUUUCACAUCAAAAAAUUAUUAAAAAAAAAAAAUCAAAUAAAAUAAAAUAAUUUUGUACAAUGAAUCUGUGAACGUAAUGCCACAAGCAUCAUGUGCAUCCCUGUAUACAUUUGCCGUCUGUAUUGCGACUCAGUGCAAGGACUUGGGCACGGAUCUCUCAUUCUCAUUGCCAUCAGCACAGCCCUGUAAUGGAGCAUACCGAAUCCAGACUGAAGUGGAUGGGGGGGGGGGGAAGGACAGGGUCUGAAUGCCUUCAAGAGGAAACAAAGCCUUUUUCAUCCCUUCCUCUUGAAGAAUGUUUGUAUGGGUCUAUGAAUCGCGAGCUAGGUUCUGUAUGUCAAGCCGUACAGUGAGUCUCAGAAGCAGCGGUGGUCCGGGAGGGGGCUGCAGACACCCCGGGAAAUCAUGAGCAGAAUUAUACGGUUCUAGCUGACAUUUUUGACGUAAAUCGAGAUGGUGCCAUAAAUGUGUUGUUUAUAGGGCACGGAAUACGUGUGUGAGGUUUUAUACAAAAAUACGGUGUAAAAGUAUGAAAAAAUGCUAAAUGUAGAAGUCGUAUCUGCUUCGGAAGGCCAUUGACUUAGGGAUUUUUGAGGAUCUGAAAUCUGCUCAGAACACAGACAGGACCGUAUAAUUCUCCGCUCACGACAUCGGGGUGGUGUGGCUGAGAGAGUUCAGCGCUUGGUUGCUGUUGGAAGGACGCAUGAAAUUAUUAUGAUUUUUUUUUAUAUUAAGUUGUAUAUUGUUAUUAAUGUUGCUAAUGAUGAAAAACUAAACUUUUUUUUAAAAAGAAAUAUAUUAAGAAAAAAAAAAAAAAAAAACGUAUUCCAAAGUUGCUAUUCCUUUGCUUUCUGUCAUUUUUAAACACCAAAAAGCAAUCUUGAGGUUUUUGACAGAGAGUGGUAAAGAUGGAUAGAUAUUUUUUAAUGCAAUCUGUAAAGAAAUUCAGUUUCAUCUCUCUCAUCAAAGUCCAGGAUUUCAUGCAUGAGCUACAGAUUAAUAAUGUUCAUGUAACUCAGCCUAAGUCGCCAUUUCUCGUCUCUCAUAUCGACACAGACAUGCUGAAGCUGUGUAAUGUGUCUGUGAUUGCGUAUGUUCAAAUUAUCACUGUGUACAUGAAACUGUAGCUUGUCCAUAAAUCUGGGACUGGGGUCACAACGCUGUGCUAAAUUAAUGGGAUCGCUCACAAUGUUACACUUUCCAAGGUAGCUAGAUGUUAUGGAGAUGGGCUUUAUAUUCUAUUCACUUUCCUGUGUCACUUCGUAUCACUAUUAUAAUAACUGUAUUGCUUCUGCUAUUAUUACUGCUAUUUUCAUCACUGUUUUGGUUAUUGAUUCAUUACGGUUAAUAUGGCAUCCGCAAACUCUAAGUGAGAUGGUAUCGGUAGGAAUAUUUAACAAUAAUGGUGACAGUCUUGAUAUAAUUCUUUAGGAUACUGAUUGUUUUUUUUGUUUUUUUUUUCUCACUUGUAUCUUUUGUGUUCUCCAUUCUGGGUUUUUUUUUUUGUUUGUUUUUUUUGUUUUUUUGGUUUACAGAAAAGGAAAAAUAAAACCUGUAUCUCUUGGGGGGACAUUCAUUUCUGACCUGUUCUAUUAUUUGGCUGAUCUGUCAUCCGCUGGAAUAUUUGGGUUCAUAUUGGGUCAUUAUAUUCCUGAAAUAAUCUAUUCUUGGGAAUUGAGAAUUUCUAUAACAUGCACUUAAAAUAAAAAUGAUUGUGUUCUA